AUGGCAUAUAACUCAACACCCCAUGACAGUACUGGUAUUACGCCGUAUAGAAUGAUGUUUGGUGACGAAAUGAAAAUGCCGUUAGAUUUGAUUGCUGGAUCACCGUCAGAUGAUGACGAGGAGACUCAUUUUAAGAAUGAGCAUAGUUUUGUAGCUAAAAUAAGAGAGGUGUUAGAAAAAGCUCACGAGAUAGCCCGUGAAAAAUUGAAAAGGACUGCAAUCCGCCAAAUGGAUUAUUAUGACAGAAAUGUCAUGAUUUUAAUGAACAAAUAUCUACUCGUUAUCAUAUUGUCGACUUAUGCUCUUAGUGAAAGAUUAUUACCAGGGGAGGUAACUGUCGCUGCCUUAUUCCAAAUACAGAAUGCGGUUAAUAACAAAUGUGACGGUAUUUCUCCACUCUCUGUGAAAAGUCUAGAAGCUGUCAAAUGGACUUUUAGACAUUUAAAUGAAAACAACUAUAUUCCAGGAGUUUCUAUUGGUCUAGAGGCUUACCCAACAUGUGAUAUGGUUGAAGAAGCCAGCGACAGGGCUGUUGAUUUAAUUUAUAAAAUCCGACAAGACAAACAAGACUCUUCCUUCACAGAGCCACCACUUGUAGCUCUGAUCGGUCCUGGUUAUAGUAGCGAAGUACAGAAAACGUCGAACUUAUUAAGUUCCCAAAGAGCAAACGAUAGAUUAUUACAAAUUGGAUUCUCCUCGACUGCUGCGUCGCUAAGCAACACCAACAUUUACAGCAAUUUCUUCAGAGUUGUUGCAAGUGAUGCCGUACAAAUCGAGGUUAUGAUUUCCUUGAUGACAGAACUUAAGUGGAACUAUAUUGCUAUCUUAUACGAUGAUGAUAUAUACGGAAUAGAAGGCAAAGAUGCAUUGAUGACAAGAGCGGCUAAAAGCUCCAUAUGUGUAGCCACUUCGUUCGUUCUUCCGAUUGGUGCGGUAAGCUUAAUUCAAGUCAGAGACAUUCUUCAGAAGAUUAUUACAAACGGAGAGAGUCCAAUAAGUGGAGUCGUUGUGUUAACCAGCGGUGCGCAUGCGAAUGCCAUAGUUACAGCUGCAUCCGCUUUAAAAGAUACAUUAUCGGACCCAAUUUCUUUCAUCUUUUCGGAAGCCAUGGGACUUUCCGAUAGUUACUUUACUAGUAAUACAGGUGAUGUAUUUAAAGCAUCAACAGGUGCAUACGUUGUUUCCCCACCGCAGAUUCGUAUAGAUGAAUUUGAAGAUUACUGGUUAUAUACCUUUCGGAAUGUUUCGAGAGUUGUCGAAGAAUCUAAAACUAAUAUUUGGUUAGAGAAUGUCUUUAAAGAAUAUUCGAGUUGUUCAUCUUCACUAUCAAUGUGUUCAGAACUUAAUUCGGAACAAAUAGAGAAAGCUUCACAAAUGUCCUCCUGGACAAGCUAUGCAAUCAAAGCCGCUUAUGUCACAGCAAAGGUUUUAAAAAAAGUUCACGAUAGCUUAUGUUCAGGACAUCAAGGAAUGUGCAGUAACAUGAAAUACCAAUUAUACAAGAAUAAAGGAUCUCUUAUAGAAGAAAUGAAUGGUUUGUCAGUUAAUUUUAACGCAGAUUUUACGAAUGUUCCAGCAGCAUUACAUAAUAUUUCUCUUUCUUUUACUGAUACAAGUGAUGCUCAGUUUACUGCAGGAUUUCCUGAUUACCAAGUAUAUCAGUAUAGAACAUGUAUAUCAAACCCGUCUACAUUCUGUUUUGAGAAGAUCGGGACUUUUAACAACACUGAACUUAUGAUGGAUAAAUCAAAGAUAAGAGAGUAUGAUAACACCGGAAAUGAACUUCUAUGGCCAAAUAUUAACUAUGCGCAGUGUAAAGAGUCCAGACGUUGCAGCUCGUGCAUCUUACAGGAAGUUUAUGAUAAAGUCUACUUCAGGGAUGGCGAUCUUAUUGUGGCCGGUAUAGUUCCAGUUAAUGAUGGUGGCACUGACGACCCAUUAGCAUGUGGGGUGAUAAGGACGUCGUUAGGGAAUGAAUUAGUUGAGGCCAUGGAAUAUGCUGUUACCCUGAUAAACAAUAAAACAUCACCGUACGGACAACUGUUUCCGGGUAAAUCUAUUGGACUUUUAAUUCUAAAUAGCUGUGAUCAGCCUUUACUCGCUCAACAUAAAUUGCUGUCAAUUUUGAACAACGGACUGUUAUUGGAUAACAAUACAAGUGUCAAUGUAAAAAGCAAACUGAUUGGAUUAGCAGGUCCUUAUUCAAGCAGUGUAAGUGGCGCGGUUUCAGAUGUGUUAUCAAAGUUUGGGUACGUACAAGUAGCGUAUGCGUCGACUGCUGUCGACUUAAGUGACCGGAAUAAAUACCCUUACUUCACCCGAGUCUCUACACCAGAUAAUAGACAAGCUCAGGCUAUGAUGCGCAUCAUCAAACAUUCAAAAUACAACUCUGAAUACAUUCAAUUCGUCUACAGUAAAGGCACAUAUGGUGAAGCCGGUCGUGACGCGCUCCGACAGGAAGCAGUAAAAGUGGAAGUAUGUAUUGCACAGGAAAUAGAAGUUGAUGACGGAGAAAAUUUCAAUCUUAUUACAGAGAAACUGCGGAAAUAUCCAUUUGCUAAAAUUGUCAUUUUGUUUCUUCGUUCCCACCAAGUAGAACCAAUAACAUCAGUACUUAACGACAAUAUUGUAUACGGCGAAUUCUUGUUUAUAGGAUCUGAGGCAUGGGGGUUUAGGCCGAAUGAGUUCACAAAUAAACCGAAACUGGUAGGUAGUAUCAUUUUGGCAUUACAACUACCUACAAAUAACAACUUUACCAACUUUUUAAGAAAUAAAGACGUCUUAACUGACAAAAAUAAUCCGUGGUUACUAGAAUAUAUCGCUGCUAAAUACAACUGUCAUGUAGAUACUAGUUUCGACAAGACAUUUACUACAUCGUGUGGGUCAAAUAUAAAAUUAGCAAGUUCUUCAACGUACGAACAGGAGAUAUGGACACCGUUUGUGCUCAGCGCAAUGCUGGCACUACUUUCCGGAACUAGUGAAGCGUUUCAAGAGUUAUGCGGAUCCGCUUCUGCUACCUUGUGUGACCAAUACUUACUUAAUCCAAACACUGUUCGGAAUAAAGUUAUCAAACAGAAGCUUGAUGUCGACGGAAGUGGAAAUCUUGUCAGUUUAUUUGACGAAAACGGUGAUGGUAACGUAGGUUACACAAUCUACAACUUACAACGCAAUAAAAAUGACGCAAAUAAAAUAGAGUACCAAAAAGUAGGGACUUAUCCUUUAGAUGGUUCAACUUUUGACCUGGAUGUAGACAGAAUAGUAGAACCAGAUGAAAUAGAUCUGCCGUCUGUCUGUCCAAACGAAAGGGCGUGUAGUAUGUGUAAAACAACGGGAAUUGAUACAACGCCAUCCCCUGCUUUUGUCAGUGAUGAGGAUGGCGGUACUGUCAUAGCAUUAGGUGUUGUGGUUGGAAUCUUAGUGCUGAGUCUAGUGGUUGCCACGGUUGCCCUGUUAUUGUGUUAUCGUAAAAUGAAAGGCGAAACGGUAAGGGAGGACUACAAUUACCUCAAUGUAAUUGAUGAUCCAAAGUAUAGACACGUGACAAAUGUGACUAAUCAUAAUCGUGAAGGUCGUAGUAACGGGGCAUAUUCUGUAGAGGAUACUACAAUCGACACUAGGGGUCCUCCACCACGAAAUACCGAGUCCUAUCUAAGUCCGAGUAGUAUAACAAGAGAUACCUAUCUCAUUCCUAAUGACGAUCAAUCUAACAAAAGUGAUACUGAUCUUAAAAAGGUAGAGCUUGCAUAUGCAAGUAGCUCUGAACCAGGGAGAGCUGACAUGUCUUAUAAGAGUGAAACUGAGUUGAAAAAUCUGGGAGGAUCGAAAAGCAGUAAAGAUCUGACACGUGGUAUACCAGCCUUACCAACAAGGCCUUCAGCCAAUACACUGGAAUAUUCAGAAUCAACUUUGCCAUCAGGCGACAAUACAGGAACUUCAGAUGAUUCAUCUCCACCGCCUACUUCCCAUUCAUCCCAUGUCCAUCAUGUUACUCCUAUAUCAAAAGUACAGAACUCACCACCGUUAGCUCCAUCACAUACAGGACUUCAGCAGGUAGCAGUAGUUUCGGGUAUUCCAAAGACAUAAAUCGAAUGUUAAGUGGAAUGUUGUGUAAAACUGGAAAUAUAAGGACAUUAACCAUUUUGGUAGUUUUGUGAUACAUGUAUAUUAUGUUUGUACAUUCAACAUUUCGAUCGUUUUGAGAUAUAUGUUUCAUACAUGCAAUAUGUGAAUAAUAACAGUUGACUUAUAGGAAGACAACUUUUAUUUUAUCAAAUGAGUGAAAUUGCAAAAAUAUCGAAAUCCCAGGAAAACUCCAAACUGAAAGUCGCUUAUCAAAGGGCACAAUUAAAAGCCCAAACACAUCAAACAAACAAAAAUGCCAUAUUCCUGACUAAGUACAUGCAUUUCCUUAUGUAGGAAAUUGGUUGAUAAAAUCUAGUUAAAUAGCUAGUUUAACCUUACACUUGAAUAACAGCCGUUCAUACACCAAUAUAUUGACAGCAGUUUAAAUAAGUUUGAUCUAUUAAUUUAUAUUUUGAAAAUGCUAGACACAAACGUUUUGUCUUUGUAUGGUUUCAACUCACUCACACAUCACCAUUUCACAUACCAGAACAUGCUCAAAUAGCUUAUACCCCUACUAGAAGUAGUUAAUAGAUAACAUGCUCAAAUAGCGUAUAGCCCUAAAAGACGUAAUUAUACAACAUGCGCAAAUAGCUUAUACCCCUUAUAGACGUAGUUAUACAACAUGCUCCAGGAGCUUAUACCCCUACUAGACGUAGUUAUACAACAUUCUCCAAUAGUUCAUACAUCUCCUACACUUAGUUAUACAAAUACUCCAAUAGUUCAAACACUUCUAAGAAGUAGUUAUAGAACAUGCAAAAAUAACGUAUACACCUACCAGACGUAGUUAUAGAACAUGCUUCAAUAGGUAAUACACAUACUAGACGUAAUUAUAGAUUACGAAACACUCCAAUAGUCUACCGGUCCCACCUGUGAAGCAGGAUCUGCUGACCCUUCCGGAGCACCUGUGAUCAUCCCCAAUUUGUGAUGGGGUUUCUGUUGCUUAGUUUUAGUUUUCUAUGUUUGUGUCAAACUUUUUUUGGAUUUUUUUGUCAUCAAUGUUCUUUAACUUUGUACUUCUUCGGCAUUUCAAUUGUUUUGAUAUGGGUGGCACUAAUGAGUCUCAUGUAGACGAAACGUGCGUCUUGCGUAUUAAAUUAAAAUCCUGCUACCUUUGAUAACUACUGCACUAUUAUUUGGCUGUUUUCCUUUUUAAAGGUCAAGAAAUAGGACGUGUAAAAUAACAACAAAGGUCUAAAUGUAGGUCAUAUUGCAUUGAUAUCAACAUUUAAUUUUGAUGAUGUCUAUUAAUUUUAUAUUUUUUUAUAACAUUGAGACGUUGAGAAAAACGACUUUAAUUGGCACUAUUUUUUAAUUCAACUUUUAAGCGUGUCAAAAUAUGAAAAUAUUUAAAAACAUCUAACUAUAAAGACAAGAUAUAAGAUCGAGACAAAGUUGAUGGUGUAAUCUUGAUGUAACGUCUGGCAAGGCCAUUUUAUUAUUUUCUGGAACGCCUCCCUACGACGUCAUAGGGAGGUGUCUCAGAAAAAAAUUAGCCUUGCCAGACAUCAUAAUUAUUUGGACUAAUGUUGGUGCUGUUUAACUUUGAAAAAUGGCAUGAUUCCAGCUGGUUAAUCUUGCCUAUGACCGGUGACAAUUAAUAUUCAGCAACUCAGAAUGCGUCAAUUGCAGAUAAUUAUUGUAUCCAAAGAAGGGAAUAAACGGGCCUCUAAUAAGAAAAAGAUAAGCAUGUAUAUUCUGUCCUCGACAGAAUAAAAGUGGUCUGUCCAAGAUCUAAAAGUUUUGUAGCAUAUUCCGGCUUUUUUUAUAAGAUCUUUCGAGAGCACUGCCAGAGCAAAUCAUGUUGUGCCCUCCUUUGGAAAAUAUUAUGUGUAUACGAUUUUUGUAUUAUUAUUAUUGUCCAUAGGCGGAUCCAUGGGAUGGGGCUGAGAUUUCUGAAAAGGUGCCCCUUUUGAAAAGUUCAGGAUCCGACACUGUUAACCUGGAGUACAUGUCGCCUACAUUAUUAUGAUUAUUUGUAUAUAUGCAGU